AGACUAGCCCUUAAAGUAAAUUUUAUUUUCUGAGAAAUGCUUACAAACUUUAUUAGACUUAAAAGAGGGCCUAAGUGUGUAGAUAAACUAACUAUGCGUGAGUCGGUGUCGGCGCAGUGAACUCUACGUUUGUGCUUCAUUGUCUCUGUUCAUCCCUAUAGUGAGAAAGAGAGUCCCGUCCCUUCAAUUCAGUGGGCGUGGUGUAUGUGUGUGUGAGUGGGAAAACAAACAGCAGACAACCAACAGUACUUCCUACAUCUGCGUCCAACUCGAGCGUUUCUUCACCCUCACCUCGCGUCAAGCGUCUCUCCUGCGCGCGGUGUUUACACUGAGUCCUGCUGAGCUCAGAGGACGCGUCCCAUCAUCACUAAAUGAAGCGCCGCAGCGCUGCAGUUUUACAUCCACACCACAGCUCCACACGCGUUCAACAUAGAUGGACCCGCAUCAUCUGAGGACUUCAGAGUGAUAUUACUGUCGUGAUUCUGUUUUUCUUUUUGUAAAAUGAGCGGAGGGGAAAUCAUCUGUCAGGGAUGGUUGAGAAAGUCGCCACCCGAGAAGAAGCUGCGGAGAUAUGCUUGGAAGAAGCGCUGGUUUAUCCUGCGUAGCGGGCGUAUGAGUGGAGACCCGGAUGUUCUUGAGUACUACAAGAGUGACCAUGCCAAAAAGCCCAUUCGCAUCAUCGACCUGCACUGCUGCGAGCAGGUGGACGCCGGCCUCACCUUCAAACGCAAAGAGUUCCAGGACAGCUUUGUGUUCGACAUCAAGACGGCUGAGAGAACCUUCUACCUGGUGGCAGAGACGGAGGAGGAGAUGAACCGCUGGGUGCGCUCCAUCUGUCAGCUGUGUGGAUUCAACCAGUCAGAGGACAACCAUCACGAUGAGAGAUCGUCAACCACCCACCUUUCCCGCUCCUUGGCUAAUGAUCUGGGUGGCUCUCUGGCCCCGCUGAUUGGUGAACGUAAAACGUCUGUUCCCGCCCACUCCAGCCAGCCAAUGCUUUUCACAUUCGACAUACCUGUACGCCACUCCCAUAGUACUCUGUCUAACAGUGCUCCUCAGGACUACCUCUUCCUCCAUCAGUGCAUGAGCCGCAAGAGUGAGAGUGCACGGAGUGCCAGUUUCUCGCAGGCCUCGCGCAACAGUCUUCUGGUGGGCAGUGACUCAGCGGUUCAGAGACUCACUCAUGGUUUCUCUCACUGUCUGAAUGGCAUGGGCGCCCAGCUUCACGGUUUCUACAGCCUUCCCAAACCCGGCAAAAAUCAGCAGCCCCCUUCGCGGACCGACUCACGUGACGCUUGCUAUGUUCUACCCAGGGGUUACAGCUCUGAAGGGGCAUCAGAGCUUGAAUCAGAUGAUGUCUACACCUAUAAGACCCCAAAUAACACUCUAGCAGCCCCCCAAACCAAUGAGCAGCGGGCCCUCGAUAACUAUGACCUACCCACCAUUCCUGGCUCCGUCUACCAGAUCCCCCGCACGUUUGAUAAGAACCAUAAUGCCCUGAUGCCAUCCAGUGCUGACUCCACAAACGCACCUCCUCCCAGACCUCCCAAACCCAGCCAGGGCUCAGAGACACGGUGGGGCAGCCCGCUGUCCGUGGGGGCUCAAAAUGGAGAGGUCUCCACAGUGUCCGUCAUCCCCAGGAGGAACACACUGCCGGCGGUGGAGAACGUCAAGCUUCACAGAGGAUCCUCUUUUGAGACCAGCAGUCACCAAAGGCCAGUCUAUUUCAACAAUUCUGGUCAGUCAGUGGAGUCUGUAAAUGAUGGCUUCAGCUCAUACCUGAGAACUAAAGCCCCAUUGACCCGCUCCGAUAGUGCCGUCUCUGAGGAUAACUAUGUACCCAUGAAUCCCGGCUUGUCCUCCUCCCCUCUCAGUGCCGCCCUGGCUGACAGUCCUAAAAAUAAUUAUAUUCCCAUGAGCCCAGGUCCUCACCAUUUUGAUUUCCCAGGAUUUUCAGCGACGUUGCCGGCCAGGAAGGGCAGUACAGCAUCACUAUGUCUCCGACCCGGCCGACACAGUGACGUCACACCACCACCGAUUAACCGCAACCUUAAACCCAACCGGACAGCAAAACCAACACCUCUUGACUUAAGGAACAAUGGCAUCAUUGAUGAACUUCCCUUCAAGAGCCCCGUCACCAUGUCUUGGAUCAGACCAACGCCUGUGAACUCCAUCUCAUCGCAACCGUGUCGGCCCAUUUCGACCCAGAGUAUCACCAGCACUGAUUCUGCAGACAGUGAGGAGAAUUAUGUGGCAAUGCAAAACCCAGUGUCUACCUCCCCAGCGAUGAGUGGUACCAGCAGUCCUGCACCCAGGAAUUGUGGUAAUGUGGACUAUUUGGCCCUGGACUUUCAGCCUGGCUCCCCUGGUCCACACAGAAAGCCGUCCACCUCUUCAGUGACCUCAGAUGAAAAAGUGGACUACGUCCAAGUGGACAAAGAGAAGACACAGGCCCUUCAGAACACCAUGCAGGAGUGGACAGAUGUGCGACAGUCAAGCGAGCCGGCUAAAGGCAUCAAGUCCUGAUGAUUUUCAAAUGUGCACACUGAUUGUGUCACUCGAGAUGCUCUUAUACUGUUACACCGUGAUACAAACUGAUUUACCUGUGACAAAAUAGCGAAUGAUACACCAACUAAAGCCAUAGAUCCAGUUCGUUUGGUCUUUUGAGGACAAAAAACUCCACUGAACCGCUUAGACUGUCUUGCCAUGCACGUUAGACAUGUUUAACUUUUCAAAGUGCAGUGCAACCAAACUUUAGCUACUUGCUCUCUCUCUGAGUGUGAGCGAAGAACGAUAAGCAGUGAAUAUUUAAAUCUAGUUAUACAGUGGGGCAAAAAAGUAUUUAGUCAGCCACCAAUUGUGCAAGUUCUC